AUGCCCUCUCGUAACAACAACAGCCACUCCAACACGCUCUCCGCGUACUUCUCACCUCUCAGACCUCCCCCUAUUCCCUCGCCGCAGCAGCAGCAGCAGCAGCCGCCCCUUCCACCCCCUCCGCGCCCAUCAACGACUCCCAAGUCAGUCUCCUCGAUGCGUCCCAGUCCCGCUUUACAGCUCACACCCUACCCUGGCGUCCCGCAGUCCUGCCCCACCCCACAUCCACAAGUCACCAUAGAUCCUGUGAAAACAGCACAUAUCCCCUCGUUGAUGCGCAUAACCGGUCUGCUGCUCCCCAUACGGUACCCCACAUCCUUCUACUCAGCGACAAUCACCGAUCCACUGGUCGCGAGCGUGUCCAGGGUCGCGGUACAUCACGACCACCCCGUCACGGGGCUAGAUCUAGGAAGAAAUGCAUUUGCGGGGGAUGCUCCGGUGCCGAGUCAUGCGGAGAAGGUCAUUGGCGGGAUACGGUGUCUUCUAGAGCCUUUAGGACGUGAUACCGUCGAUGGGCGGCCAGCUACGAAUCUAUAUAUUCAGACGCUCCACUUGCUCUCCCCGUAUCGUGGAAAGGGCGUUGCAGCGUCGUUGCUGUAUUCUUUGGUUUAUAAUGACUCUCUCGAUGUUGGGCGGCCGCCUCUAUCUACCACAUCCUCACUACCCGUGUCUGCCUUAGUCAGACACUAUAAUAUCCGAACAGUGACAGCUCACGUACACGAAACUAAUGAGGAAGCCUUGCGAUGGUAUCUUGCGCGUGGGUUCAAGGUCCAAGGGAGUAUCGUGGAAGGUUAUUACCGGAGACUGAAGCCCGGAGGAGCGAGGAUCGUCAAGCUGGAGUUGAAUUGGGAUGGAAAAGAGGAAAGCUUGCAAAACUCCCCCUCGAGCGAUGUACAGAGGAGCAUAGGAGGCAGCAGUAAUAUGGAGCUAGAAGACGACGAUGACGAGUGGGAGAAGGUGAAUCCGUCAGAGUUCUCAACCCUGGAGAGGCUUGAGGACUACCAGCAGGUUGAGAGAGACUGUGACGUUGAGGAGAGUCCCAGCAAGAGAAUAAAGAACGCAUGA